AUGGAUAAUUGUUGGGAGUGGCGUCUGGCACUUGGUCCGGCUAUCCGAGUGCGGGGCCCCGGGCUGUCAACCGCGGCUCCGGAGCCUCGGACGAAAUCAGGGCAACCCGCUCCGGCGGGCCUACCUGCUACUACUGCUCCUCACGAGUGCCCGACGCUUCACAAUGGCGCGGACGGGAAACCGGCAAGUCUGCUGCUAGCGCUCAUCGUGCCUAUUUCCCCAGCUCCUCGUUUACACAUGACGUGCCAGAUCGCGGGGCAGAGCUCCUGUCGCCGAGGAUGA